AUGCAGCAUAUCUAUAAGUAUAUUACUGAGUACAAUACUGAGUACAAUACUGAGUACAAUACUGAGUACAAUACUGAGUACAAUACUGAGUACAAUACUGAGUACAAUACUGAGUACAAUACUGAGUACAAUACUGAGUACAAUACUAAGUACAAUACUGAGUACAAUACUGAGUACAAUACUGAGUACAAUACUGAGUACAAUACUGAGUACAAUACUGAGUACAAUACUGAGUACAAUACUGAGUACAAUACUGAGUACAAUACUGAGUACAAUACUGAGUACAAUACUGAGUACAAUACUGAGUACAAUACUGAGUACAAUACUGAGUACAAUACUGAGUACAAUACUGAGUACAAUACUGAGUACAAUACUGAGUACAAUACUGAGUACAAUAGUACAAUACUGAGUACAAUACUGAGUACAAUACUGAGUACAAUACUGAGUACAAUACUGAGUACAAUACUAAGUACAAUACUGAGUACAAUACUGAAUACAUUAUUGAGUAAAUUACUUAGUGCAUCACUGGUACAUUACUGA